AUGGGAGUGGGCGGCAAAGCGAUCCCGCCCUACAUCGACCGCCUCACCAACCUGUCGAGCGAUGCCAAGUUCAUCUUGCUCGUGGAAAAAGACGCGGCAUUCAUGCGUCUGGCUGAAGACCGCUUUUAUAACAAGUACCCAUGCAUCAUCCGAACAGCCAAGGGCCAACCCGAUGUGGCGACGCGAAGUUUCUCAAGCAAAUCCACGAUCCUUGCGGUUCCUUCGCAUCAUGCAAGGUCUUUCCUAUCGCCAUGGCAUGUACGGCUCAAGAUCCUGUCGGUGUACAUGAGCGGGUCCAAGAAAUUGUCGUACGACCUUGCGAGUUUGACCUGUCGGGACAUGAAGUGGCUCGGCGCGCGGCCGCCCGACGUAACCAAGUACAAAAUCCCCGACCAGUGCCGGCUUCCCAUGAAGGACUCGGACACUAAGGCAGGAAUGGACUUGCUCGACGAAGAAUUCAUGAAAUACGCCCCCCUCUGGUCCAAGUAUCUCACGAAAGAAUACCUGCCUCGGAAACUCCGCGACGGGAGCGAUUGGAUUUUGCAGUCCGUGGACACAUUUCCGUUCUACUAA